AAAGUUUACGUGAGCUUUUCAUACCCAAAAUCAAAACAGCAGACGAUCGCUCUUUCCCAGUCCUUCACAACAAACCACCAUGACUGACGCGGAUGUUCAAGCCCAGAUCGAGGCGCGCAAGAAGCGUAUCUUCAGGAAGUUCACCUACCGCGGUGUGGACCUCGACCAGCUCCUUGAUAUGAGCAAUGAGCAGCUGGUUGAAUUGUUCCCAGCCCGCCAGCGCCGUCGCUUCCGUCGUGGACUCAAGCGCAAGCACCUGGCUCUUCUGAAGAGGCUCCGCAAGGCUAAGAAGGAGUGCCCUGCUCUUGAGAAGCCUGCUGUUGUCAAGACUCAUUUGAGAGACAUGAUUAUUGUGCCAGAGAUGGUCGGUUCCAUGGUGGGAGUCUACAACGGCAAGACCUUCAACCAGGUGGAAAUCAAGCCUGAGAUGAUCAGUCACUACUUGGCAGAAUUCUCCAUCACCUACAAGCCUGUAAAGCACGGUAGGCCCGGUAUUGGUGCCACCCACAGCUCUCGGUUCAUCCCUCUGAAGUAAACUAUAUUAAACAAGCGGUGUUUA